CCAGUUCGCACCCGACGUGCCAACCCGUUUCGAUUAUUAUAGCCCCCGCCUAAUCAUCCCUCUCGCCGAUGCGCGGCUGAUUUUGAUGAAUUUGAGUGCCAAAAGCAGCGACCCUUCCGUCACCGACCUCUCUCCGGACGCGAUGCUGCUCGACCUGAGGGACAACUGCAGGGCUCAGGGCCCCCUGACGGCGCUCACCUCGAUGACCGAGAGCAAGACGCCGCCGCCGGGCAACUCGGCCAGCUCGAGUCCCCGCUUGCCGGCCACGCCGCACGGCAUCGAGCACAUCCUCAACAAACCCUCGGCCCUGCAGACCACCCACAACCCCCAACCGCCUCUUAACCAGAGGCUCGCAGCCGCCGUAGCGGCAGCAAACAUGUACUUUAAUCCUGCCAUGCAUCAACCCCUCAGCCGAAACAACCCCGUAAUUUACUGGCCAGGUCUUCAGGGCUUGGUUGCCAAUCCUCUGGCUUGGAGAGACAGACUGACGUCGCCACAUGCUGUGUGGAAUUCGCAGCAGAGCGGCGGCCAUCAGCACCAGCAGUCGCACACCGGGGGCUCGUCGCACCCCGACAAGGACCCCAAGAAGAAGCACACGCGGCCCACGUUCAGUGGCCAGCAGAUCUUCGCCCUGGAGAAAACCUUCGAGCAGACCAAGUACCUCGCCGGCCCUGAAAGAGCGAAACUCGCCUUCGCCCUCAACAUGUCCGAGUCACAAGUCAAGGUGUGGUUCCAGAACCGACGCACCAAGUGGCGGAAGAGACACGCGGCCGAAAUGGCCACGGCCAAACGACGACAGGAAGCGGCCGAGGAUGAGGCGGAAGAAGACCUGGACGAGCAGGAGCACUAACUAUUCCCAGGCCGAUUGAGUGUUUGUUUUGCGGUUUUUCCCGCGCGGUGAUACUGUUCAAGUGCAGACUCCGGUUUAGCAAAAUGGAAUAUAAAUAAUAAUAAUAAUAAAAUGUGUCCUCGUCUCUUUGUUGCGUGUGUCGCGUGUACAUAGUUGGAAGUUACGCUGAGAAAAAUACUCCCAAUUUUAAUUUUACGUUAGAUGAGAAAAGUUAAUUAUUCUCAUUAUAAUUGAGCAAGCAUGCUGAUGGCUUAUUUUAACCAAAAGAUUUAAGCUUCAUCAAGUUUCGUCUUGGAGGAGAAAGAAAAAGUGAUGCUACCAAAGAUUGGUGAUAUUAUGUUGAAUGAUUUUUUUUUUAUAGAAUCUGUCCGGAUUACAAUUUAAUAAAUAUGUAUUAUGUAAGAUUGCAAUAAAGUUGCUGCCGCUGUUGAUGUCCUGAGUCAGUUUCCAUAUUGUACUACUCGUAGCGGUGUAACUACUAAGAUUGUGUAUAUGUUCGCAUUAUAUACGCAGCCAUGUCCACACGACUGAUCAUGUACCAAUCAGCAUGUAUAUGUUGCCAAAUAAAGGAGC